AUGCGCGUUGGUGACUGGAUGGUCUUCAAAGCGCCAGCCAUCCCACAGGCGCCAAUGCUUAAGAGCUCGACAAAGGCCGAGCGCCGUCAAUUCAUGAGAGAUUACCAGUACCUGGAGAAGGUGGUCGCAUUGCAGACGUCUACCACUAAGCCCUUGGUGGUACCGGUGUCAGCCUGCAUUGACCACUUCACGACAGCCAUGUGGGAGUUGGACAAACCAGCUGACUCUGUCACGGAAGCUGAAAGGGUCGGGUGGAUGCGCCUCGGCUACGACGUUUUACCCUCUGACCUCGACACGAUCCGCGCUCGGCUGCGCAGUUUGAUGCUUGAGGGUCUAAUGAAGACCCUCGAGGUGGACAACCAAGAAUGGGUCCUCCAAGAGGAGGGGAAGAUGAUGGUCGGCAUCAUUAUCGACGCAAAAAAGUCUGUUGGCCUCCAGGAGGGCGGAGAUCCUCGUCGGACGGCCCGUAAUGAAGCCUUGGGGUAUUCCGACGAUGGGUUGCUCGUGGCGGGAAGUAAGCAAGCCGCCAUCUGGGACCUGGACGCUCUAGAUCCAGAGCCAGAACCGAUAACGACCAUGGAGAGGGUGAAUCGCCUUAUGCAGGCGGAGUUGGAUUACCGCGGGGACGACGACGGUGGUCCCCAGUGCCCGACGCCAUUGCCGUGUUCGGAAGUACUCGCCGCGAAACUGGUGCGGGCAGAAGAGGAAGGUCUCUCUGCAGUGUCUCUUGAGCAGCUGCGUCGGCUGCUCAAGGUGUAUACGGAUGUGUUCCGAUUGGAAAUGAGCUGCUAUCCGCCUAUCAAGGUGGAGCCUCUGAAGGUUCGAGUCAAGCAGGCUGCGAGCCCCGUGAAAUUUGAACUGCAUCGGUACCCGCCUCUCCAUAUGGAGUACCUCAAGGGGCAAGUGGGUGAGCUCGAACGCGACGGUCUCAUCCACCAAAACAACCGGUCGAGGUGGGCAUGUGCCCCGCUCAUCGGCCCCCAGAAGGACUGGCGACUACAGAAUGACGAUCGAUAG